CAAUCCAGGCCGCGGCCGAAGCGCUUCCGGGUUCCCGGCUUCCAGCGGGCGGUUGCGGCGCCAGCGGCGGCCGCGGCCUUCACCAUGAGGAUGAUCGAGAGCGUGGACUCCGCGGUCACCAGGCCCAGCGAGGACCUCUGGGCUGAGAUCUGCUCCUGCCUGCCCCAUCCCGAGCAGAGGGACUCGGCUGAGACCUUCACCGACUCCUUCCUGGAUUCCUACACCGAGGGAGGAGGCCCAGGCCCGGGCUCAGGCAGCUCUGCACAGCCCCCCCUGAAGCCCUGGGCACCCCUGAAGGAUUCCGAGGUGUAUCUGGCAUCGCUGGAGAGAAGGCUGCUGAGGAUCAAAGGCUUGUCUCAGGAGGUGACCUCCAAGGAGAUGCUGCACACUCUCUCCCAGGCUAAGAAGGAAUGUUGGGACAGGUUCCUGCAGGAGAAGUUUGAGUCUGAAGUGUUCCUGGAGGGACAGGACUCUGAUGAGAGCACCUUGGAGCACCUGAAGAGGUGGCUGCAGCCUGAUAAAGUGGCCAUCAACACUGAGGAGGUGCAGUGCCUCAUCCCCCCAGAGCUGGAGAAGCAGGAGGCUGAGGAAGAGCCACCAGCUGCAGAGCAGUGAGACACAACCCAGCCCCACUGCAGAGCUGCCUCUUGUCUGAGCCCUGAGGGAUUCUGUCCAGACACAGGAGUAAUGGGGGGAAGUGCCAAUUAUUUAAAAACCAAAAAACCCACCAACACACACACAAAAACCCCAGCUCUGUAUCUCCAGAGACAGUGACUGACCUCUGCUGUGGACACAGAUCUUCCUUUGAUCUUCUCCCAGCCUGUAGCAACCCAAUCAUUCCAGUCUGAGCAGGAAUAGUUUGUAAUCCAUCACAAGACAUUAAACAAACAAAAAGCAGUUGUUCAGAAGCAUCAGGAAACAGAAUGGUUUAGAAUAGAACAUGAAACCACUGGAUCAGGUUUUCUUCCUCUCUUCUACCUUUUUUAAUAACUCCACAGGCAUUGUUUCCUCUCUCUCCUGCAAGCCCACUGGUGGUUCUGCAGGCUGUCAGUGUUCAGGUCAGAGCUGGAGGAUCCAGGUGUGUUCACCUGGCUCUGGAGCCCUCACUGCACUCAAUUAAAUUGCCUGUCCACUGACACUGCACUGCUGAACAUUCCGGACCCUCCUCCACUGUCCUGCCAAACCUCUUCUGGAGAACAGUCUGGAGGAGGGAGCAUUUUUCCAGCUUGUUGAUCCUCUUGUACCUAUGCAGCCCUCCAGGAGAGGGGCAGAUGAGACUCUUGUCUCAGGAGCCCUCACCAGGGAGAGUGACUAACACCUUGUUUUCAUCACAGAGCUGAGACAGAGUUACCCGAUUUCAGAUACCUUCCAGUGUUUAAUUGUUCUGCAUCCUGCCUGGCUCGGCAGGAGGCUGAUUCCUGUCCCUAACAAGGACUCUGUCAUCCCGACCCUCCUGUGCUGGCAGUGGCCGGGAAGGGCGAUAGAGGGAGGCAGCUCCCACCGGAGGGAGCCGGCAGAGCAGGAACCCGAGGGGCGGCCCCAGGAUCGCUGCUCCCGGGACCCACACCGCGAGUUUCCACCCAGAUCCACCAUGAACAUCUCUAACAGCAGCUCCUUGGCCCUUUGAUCCUCUCCCUGGGCAGCUCUGAAUUCCCAAUCGCUGCCUGGCAGCUGCUGUGCUGGUGACUCAGCUCCCCCCAAACCCCACAGAACAACCACGAGAGGGGCUGGGGAUGGGGUGAAUCACCUGCAUGUCAGUGAUAAUCAGGUUGUUCAGAGGAGGGGUUGGGAGCCUUUAAAUGCCCCUUUUCAGUCCUGCUCUCCUGUACUGACCCAGCACCUGGGUCGCUCUCCCCUGUGGUGUCAACCUGCAACAAAGACACUUCUGGGUAUUUACCAGAAACUGGCUGUACAAAGAGAGAAAGAUGCAAUUUCCCCUGGUGCUCCCAGGGCUAUUUUUGUAGUCAAUACCUUUCCUCCUCGUGAUUAGCAGUGACUGUGAAGAUGCUUUGUGUUAUUUUGUCUGUUCCCAUUAAAGCCAUCUGAGAAAGAAACGUGUUCAAAA